GGAAGGACGCGAGAAAGGCGGCCCGGGGCACAGCUGUAAGUGUGGAUCAAAGCAAGGACGCACGGCGAGCGGCGGGGGCGGGGGCGACCUGCAGACCCGGGCCGGGGGAUGCGGCAGGCGCUGGCUGCCCAGAGAGCCCGGGAGUCGGGCUGCGUGGCUCACGUGCUGAGCUGGAGCUUGGACAGAGAGGAAGAGGAAGAAGAGGAAGGCACAGCGCAGAGCGGACUUGCAGGACUGGCGCAGAGUCGGGUCCCCAGGUCCGGCGCGGUGCGCAGCCGAGACAAUAAAGUAGCCGUCUACAACCCCAGAGCGCCGCAGGGAGGAGGCGGCGGAGCAGGCUUUGAUGAGAAAUCCACGAGAAAGAAUGUAUGAAAGAAAAAGAUGACAUCUAUGCAUAGCAAACAAAAUCUGCAGAUUAUUACAGUAAAAACAAAAGAAAGGAAAGAGAAUACUUACUAGUUAAAGAUGACAGAAGGCAGGCACUGCCAGGUGCACCUCCUGGAUGAUAGGAGACUGGAGCUGCUGGUUCAGCCCAAACUUCUAGCAAGAGAGUUGCUGGACCUCGUGGCUUCACAUUUCAACCUGAAAGAAAAGGAGUAUUUUGGAAUAACAUUCAUAGAUGACACAGGUCAGCAGAACUGGCUACAGUUAGAUCACCGAGUUCUUGACCACGAUUUGCCCAAGAAGCCAGGCCCAACCAUUUUGUACUUUGCUGUGAGGUUUUACAUUGAGAGCAUAUCGUUUUUAAAGGAUAAAACCACCGUGGAGCUGUUUUUCCUGAAUGCAAAGGCCUGUGUGCACAAGGGGCAAAUCGAAGUAGACAGCGAAACCAUCUUCAAGUUAGCAGCGUUUAUUUUACAGGAAGCCAAGGGAGAUUAUACCAGUGAUGAAAAUGCCAGGAAAGAUUUAAAGACAUUACCAGCCUUUCCAACUAAAACUCUUCAGGAGCAUCCAUCCCUUGCCUACUGUGAGGACAGGGUCAUUGAGCAUUAUUUGAAAAUCAAAAGUGUCACUCGGGGUCAAGCUGUGGUUCAGUAUAUGAAGAUAGUAGAAGCUCUACCAACUUAUGGUGUCCAUUAUUAUGCAGUAAAGGAUAAGCAAGGACUUCCUUGGUGGCUUGGAAUCAGCUAUAAGGGAAUUGGCCAAUACGAUAUACAAGACAAGGUGAAGCCUCGGAAGUUAUUCCAAUGGAAACAGCUGGAGAACUUAUAUUUCCGUGAGAAAAAAUUUGCUGUUGAAGUUCAUGAUCCACGAAGGAUUUCAGUUUCAAGAAGAACCUUUGGGCAAAGUGGCCUAUUUGUGCAAACAUGGUAUGCUAACUCUUCUCUCAUCAAGUCCAUUUGGGUAAUGGCAAUUAGUCAGCAUCAGUUUUACUUGGACCGGAAGCAAAGCAAAGCAAAAAUUCCUUCAGCCAGGAGUUUAGACGAGAUUGCAAUGGAUUUGACAGAGACAGGAACACAAAGGGCCUCCAAGCUGGUGACACUGGAGGCGAAAAGUCAGUUCAUCAUGGCAAGCAAUGGCAGUUUAAUCUCCUCAGGUUCUCAAGAUUCAGAAGUUAGUGAAGAGCAAAAGAGAGAAAAAAUCCUUGAACUAAAGAAGAAGGAGAAACUAUUACAAGAAAAACUUCUGAAAAAAGUUGAGGAGCUUAAGAAGAUCUGUCUGCGGGAGGCUGAGCUCACAGGCAAAAUGCCAAAGGAGUAUCCCCUGAACAUAGGCGAGAAGCCUCCUCAGGUCAGAAGACGUGUGGGUACUGCGUUCAAAUUAGAUGACAACUUGCUGCCGAGUGAAGAAGAUCCUGCUUUGCAAGAACUGGAGAGUAAUUUUCUAAUACAACAAAAGCUGGUGGAAGCUGCAAAGAAACUUGCCAAUGAGCCAGACCUUUGUAAAACUGUGAAGAAAAAGCGAAAGCAAGAUUACACAGAUGCGAUGAAAAAGCUCCAGGAGAUUGAAAAUGCAAUAAACGAAUACCGAAUUAGGUGUGGAAAGAAACCCAGCCAGAAAGCAACAGUGUUACCAGAAGACAUAAUCCCCUCAGAAAGCAGCUCUUUGUCUGACACCACCACCUAUGAUGAUCCCAAUGAGGCCUUCACUCUUCCUGGGCAGCGAUCAAGUUCAGUACCUCAUUCUCCAAGAAUUCUUCCCCCCAAGUCUCUUGGUAUUGAGCGAAUCCAUUUCAGAAAGUCAUCCGUCAAUGAACAGUUUGUGGAUACCAGGCAGUCCAGAGAAAUGCUGUCGACACACAGCAGCCCUUACAAAACUCUGGAGAGGCGGCCCCCGGGAGGACGAAGCAUGCCCACCACGCCGGUUCUUACCCGAAACGCCUACAGCAGCAGCCACUUGGAACCCGAAUCUUCAUCUCAGCACUGCCGCCAGCGGAGUGGAAGCCUGGAGUCCCAGUCCCGCUUGCUCUCCGAGAUGGACAGCGAUAAGCCAUUUUUCUCUCUCUCGAAAUCCCAAAGAAGCAGCAGCACAGAAAUCCUCGAUGACGGGUCUUCUUAUACAAGCCAAUCAAGCACAGAGUAUUACUGCGUGACACCAGUUACCGGCCCCUAUUACACCACCCAGACCCUGGACACUCGCACCAGGGGUCGGAGGAGGUCAAAGAAACAGAAUGUUACUACUUCAAAUUCAGGAAGCAUGCCCAACCUAGCACAAAAGGAUGGUUUGAGGAAUGGUGUCUACUCCAAGAGUCGGGAGCCACCGUCUUCCAGUUACUACAUUGCCGGGUACACACCCUAUGCAGAGUGUGACUUUUAUUACAGUGGUGGUUAUGUCUAUGAGAAUGACACUGAGGGACAGUAUAGUGUCAACCCUUCCUACCGGUCCUCAGCCCACUAUGGAUAUGAGCACCAGAAGGACUACAGCAGAUCCUUUCAUGAAGAUGAGGUUGACCGGGUACCCCAUAACCCGUAUGCAACUCUCCGGCUGCCAAGGAAGGCUGCUGCAAAAUCGGAGCACAUCACCAAAAACAUCCACAAGGCCUUAGUCGCCGAGCACUUGCGUGGCUGGUACCAGCGGGCCUCUGGGCAGAAGGAUCAGGGGCACAGCCUGCAGACCAGCUUUGACUCAGACAGGGGAUCACAGAGAUGCCUGGGGUUUGCGGGGCUGCAAGUACCUUGUUCUCCAAGCAGUCGUGCAUCCUCCUACUCUUCAGUGUCUUCUACAAAUGCUUCUGGGAACUGGAGGACCCAGUUGACCAUAGGGCUGUCGGAUUACGAGACUCCAGCACAUUCUUCUUACACCAGCUGCUAUGGCAGUGUCUAUAAUCCUUUACCCUCUCCAAGCAGACAAUACACGGAAAUCGGUCAACUGGAUGGUACAGAUGGAAACCAGCUGGAAGACAGCCUGGAGAGUAGUGAGCAGAGACUCUUUUGGCAUGAAGAUUCAAAGCCUGGAACAUUAGUCUGAACUGCAGUUGGACCUCCUGACCAAGCACUGCGUUCUCACACUAGUGUGCCUUGCAAAUUGUAUUCGUCUUCCGAGAGGACGUUCGUUUUAGAAACCUAAAGACAUCAAAGGUUGAAGAGAAGACUUACUUGCCCUGGAAGUGAAUCAGUGAAUCACACACCAAGCCCCACAAAGCCCCUAAAGGAGGAUUUGGCCUUUCAAACUCUAGGCACUAACCUAACUGUAGGGUCUGCCCACGUGUUGGAGUAUUGCCAAGAGAGGACUCAGUGUGAAGCCUUCAUCAAUAGCAAGCACUUUUUAAGGGAAAAAAAGUUGUUAAAGGCAAACCUCAAAAACAUGAAAGGGCAUUCAGGAUGUCCCACGGCAAUAAGGACAGGGGAAAUCUCAGAGUACAAUUCAGCAGGGUGAGAGAAGGGGAACCAGAAGCUCCAAAGUCAUUGCUCACAUCAGAGUUUGAAUUCGUGAGCUGACAAAGAGUAACAUGCUCUUUCUACACAGACGUGGACAAUUUAGACAGUAUUGGAAAAUUACUUGAAGCUGGAUUUUCAUGAAGUUCUGAAUGAGUGUAAAUGUUUUUUAGGAUAUUAUAAAGAGUGAUGUUUUUCAUAAGCACCAUAAAAUGGGUUCUGGAAAAACUGAUUACCGUAGCAUCCUGUAAUAUAACUUAUGGUAGCAGAUCGGGGAAAAUGAAGCAGCCCACUGAAUAACUGACAAAGUCUGCUUGGAGAAUGUUCUAAGGUACAAUAUCAUGGAGCUCCUUUUUCCUUUCUCCACUAAUUGCAUGAUGAGCUAUUGUUCUGGCUGGUAAUUCUCCAACUCAGCUGUCAUUUGAAGUGGCAGACUUAAUAUGGAAAGUUUUUAUAGUUAUGAGUUUAUAAAAGCAUUUUAAGAUGAUACAGAAAGCAUCCAAAACAACAGAAAAAAAAAGCCACUUCAUCGUAGAUGAAUUGCGUGCCUUAAAAUGGUGAACGUUAGAAAAUUAAACAAGUCUGGAUUCCGCAAGUAGUUCCAAGUCACCAAGUGACAAAAACAAGGUUAACAUUAAAAAAGAAAAACAACAGCAUCAAUGACAAAAAAACUCCAAGCUGCAGUGGAUUUAAUUAUGAGGCUAAAACUACCUCAUACUUUCCUUGGAAGAACUAAUUAGCUAUGGUUUAUUCUAGGGUUUUGUUUGUUUGUUUUUUAAAGCAAAUGAUUUCCAUAUUCCAGAUUGAUCUUUUUUGUCAUCUUUGCUUCAAAAUUCCAUAAAAGGUGCUCCUUUCCCCCCUCUUUUAUACAAGUUUCUUGUUCAUAUUGUGAAUAGAAAAGUUUCUGAACAACUUUUUUGGAACAUUUUCUAUCUAUAUUCCAAAGCAUGUAAUAUAUACAUAAAAACGAUUUGUUAAACUGGUCCUUAGUCAUUUGUAUAAUUAGAAAUGAAGUUUGGGAAAAAAUUUUGGAAAAAAGACAACCAAAAAAAAAAUAACUUAUUCCUUUUUUGCAUAUUUGUAUAGCCUUCUAGAAUCAGAAAUAACCCUUUUGCAUAUUCUUUUAUUGUUCUGACUCUUCAAGACCUAUUAUUUUUUUACAUAGGUCAAUAAACAAAAGGUGUGCUACUGAAAA